AAAGCAGUGCCUCUGCCCAAAUCCUCGCAGGCAGCUCCUCAAGGCACUCCCGGCUCCGGAGAGAGGCCGGACCUGCCCGCUCUGGUGUCCGUGGGUCGGUCUGCAGGCGGCCUGCUGGUGGCACCGCUCCCUGCCACCCCCCCAGCCCCCCACCGGCAGCCCCACCCAACAGGAGCGCAGCUCGACUGCAGGGCCCCGGGAGCUCAGCAUGCGUCCCGCAGGCUUCAGGAACUUCUUGCUGCUGGUGUCCUCUGUUCUCAUUGUGGGGCUGUCAGCUGUUCCUCAGAGCUUCUCACCAUCCCUGAGGAGUGGGACUGGUGCCCCGUGCAGGCUGUCCCGCGCCGAGUCUGAGCGCCGCUGCCGGGCGCCCGGGCAGCCCCCAGGGGGCGCUCUGUGCCACGGCCGCGGCCGGUGCGACUGCGGGGUCUGCAUCUGCCACGUGAGCGAGCCCGGCGUGUACUUCGGGCCCCUGUGUGAGUGCCACGAGUGGGUGUGCGAGACCUACGACGGGAGCACCUGCGCAGGCCAUGGUAAGUGUGACUGUGGCAAGUGCAAAUGUCAGGAAGGUUGGUUUGGGGAUGCGUGCCAGUACCCAAUUCACUGUGACCUGACAAAGAAGAAGAGUAACCAGAUGUGCAAGAAUUCUCAAGAUGUCAUCUGCUCUAAUGCAGGUACAUGCCACUGUGGCAGGUGUAAGUGUGAUAAUCCAGAUGGAAAUGGCCUCGUUUAUGGUAAAUUUUGUGAGUGUGAUGAUAGAGAAUGCAUAGAUGAUGAAACAGAAGAAAUAUGUGGAGGCCAUGGAAAGUGUUACUGUGGAAACUGUUACUGCGGGUCUGGUUGGCAUGGAGAUAAAUGUGAAUUCCAGUGUGAUAUCACCCCCUGGGAGAGCAAGCGAAGAUGCACGUCUCCAGAUGGCAAAAUCUGCAGUAAUAGAGGGACUUGUGUGUGUGGUGAGUGUUCUUGCCACGAUGUUGACCCAACUGGAGACUGGGGAGAUAUUCAUGGGGACACCUGUGAAUGUGACGAGAGGGACUGUAGGGCUGUCUAUGACAGAUACUCCGAUGACUUCUGUUCAGGUCAUGGACAGUGUAACUGUGGAAGAUGUGACUGCAAAGUAGGCUGGUAUGGGAAAAAGUGUGAGCACCCACGUUCCUGCCCACUGUCAGCAGAGGAGAGUAUCAGGAAGUGCCAAGGAAGCUCUGAUCUGCCUUGCUCUGGAAGGGGUAAAUGUGAAUGUGGCAAGUGCACCUGCUACCCUCCCGGAGACCGCAGGGUGUAUGGCAAGACGUGCGAGUGUGACGACCGCCGCUGUGAAGGCCUGGACGGCACUGUCUGUGGGGGCCAUGGCACAUGUUCCUGUGGUCACUGCGUGUGUGAGACAGGAUGGUUCGGGAAGCUCUGCCAGCACCCACGGAAGUGUAACAUGACGGAAGAACAAAGCAAGAGUUCGUGUGAAUCAGCAGAUGGCAUAUUGUGCUCCGGGAAGGGUUCUUGCCACUGUGGAAAGUGCAUUUGCUCUGCCGAAGAGUGGUAUAUUUCGGGAGAACUCUGUGACUGUGAUGACAGGGACUGUGACAAGCACGACGGCCUCAUUUGCACAGGGAACGGAAUAUGCAGCUGUGGGAACUGUGAAUGCUGGGAUGGAUGGAAUGGAAAUGCAUGUGAAAUCUGGCUUGGCACAGAGUAUCCUUAACAAUUCCACAGGAGAGGACUGGAGUCUUACUUUUCUAGGCCAUUAGAACAUAUAAAUGCAAAGGAAGCCAUGUAUAAUCACCACUAGGACAGGUCAAACAGACUAUUGUAUGUUUUUCUGUCUCUGAAUGCCUGCAUGAAGUCUGGUUACCCAUUAAAAAAAUGAGUUAAGCAAAGUCUGAUGUAAAUAACACCAGAAAGAAUUUUUCUUCCAGAAUUUACAUCAGUGGUUCUCAACAAGGGUGACUUUGCCACCUGGAAGACACUGGGCAAGGUCUACAGACAAUUUUGAUUGUCACACUGGGUGGGGUGGGAGGAUGUGCUUACAGGCCUCUAGUGGGCAGAGGCCAGGGAUGCUGCUAAACAUCCUAGGUGCACAGGACGGCCUCCAUGACAGAAGGUUAUCUGACUCCAAGUGUCACUGGCGCCAGAGUUGAGAAACGCUGAAUUACAUGGUUGUUAGACCUGCACAGUCCUCACAAAAAAAGACCAUGUUAGAAUCUAAGGAAAUGACCCCAAAUAAAGCCAUUGAUCAUAUUUUUUUCAGGAUUCCCUGUCACUCAGCAUUUCCAUAUGGAGCAAUAAAGACAGACUACACAGAAGGGGCAAUGUCAGGGCGCAGGAGGCCAGAUCUUUCUUUUUAAAGAAAAAGACUGGUCAGUGUUAGCCAGUGUCAUUCAUCUGGUCUCACUUUAAAUUCACAGAACAUGAUCCUCUUAGGAAGGAAGUAUGAAAAGUGUACAAUUUAACAUUUUUAAUAAAUAGUGACAUAAGUUGCUUACAAUCUGUGUCAAUAUGUAUUUACCUACUGCUAAUUAAAAACAAAAAAAAAUAAAUUGGUAGUCAGGGGCAUCUCCUGUUAUGAGUUUUUUAACUGGGCAGGGGUUUAGGUGUACAAGGAAUCUGAUUUUUCACUAUUUAAAUUACUCCGUGGUAACUUGCCUUUUAAAAAGACAGUAUCUAAUUGGAUCUAGGUUGGACCUGAAAUAUGCAUUUGUUUCCCUUAAAAGACUUUUAUUUCUAAGGAUACAUUACUUGCUGCAAAAGUAGGGUCAUGCAAAGAAGUCAAGAAGAGAUACUGUGAUCAAAUGAUACCAGUCUCAAAGCUUGGAGGAUAAAAACAACAUCUAGAAAUGUCUUUAGUAGAAAUUACAAAUAUUGACUCAGCGAUAGGAACAAAAUGUUUAUUUUUCUUAAUGGUGAAAUUUUGUUCUGUAUGAAAUUCACAUUGAAUUAUGAAAAUGUACAAUAAUUAGGACUUCCCUUACAUAUUUACAGUUAAAUCUACUUACACACAUUAGUUUAGGCAACCUUUAAUUAUUUGGAGCUAAAAAAACCCACUUUUUUUCUAAAUGUGAAUUAUAUUUUGUAAAAUCCUACAAUAAUGUAACAAAACCAUUUCCGCAUUGCUUAAGAUGAAAAUUUUCACUUGGAAAUUUUACUUAAUGAUGUAAAUAUUCUAGAGUCAUGGCUUGGACUUUAUAAGUCAAAUCACCAAAAAUAAGGAAAAUAUGCAUCUGCCGAGUUACUUAAAAAUUUAAUAUUGAAAAUUAUUUAAGAGAAAGUUUAUUUGAUGCUGACUUUUAUUGUACUAAUAGUGUUCUCACACUUUAAUAGGUUUAUAAAAUUGUUAUCUCUAUCCUGAGAUUAUGGAGUGCAACCAUAUUAGUUGUAUCUCUAUUGUUGAGUAUGUCCAUUGAUAUAUCAGUUUUGUAAAAUGAGGGAAAUAUAAGCAGUUAAGAAAUAAUAAUAGAUUAUAUUCUUUCCCCCUCUGUAAUCAUUUUAAGCCUUAAACAAACCUGGUAUAAUAGAUCAGUAGCACUUUUGUUGACUUGAUGAUGCACCAUCAUCAGAACUCACUUCAUAUCUAGCCAUUAUAAUACAAAUGACAUUCAGCUUCUCCUCCUGCAGAACUCUGCUUUCUAUAAAGGAACAGAGAGUAAAUAUUUUAGACUUUGUGGGCCACAUACAUCUCUGUUGCAUCUUCUUCUCUGUUUUUAAUACUUUAUAAAAAGGGUAAAUAGCAAACAAAUUUGGAGUUCUUGGGCUAUACAAAAACAGUCUGUGUCCUGGACUUGGCUCCCAGCAAAGCAGUACUCUAUCAACCUGUGCUCUACUGGAGCUCCCCUUAAUUUCCUCUGUCUUAUCAAGUAAUCCUGGGUGUGCUUCAUUUUUCUUGUGGUUCUCUACAUUUGUUAUCUCUUUUAUCAAUAGCUACAACAAAAGUGCUUCUCUUUUAAUAUUUUCAUAUAAGAAAAUUGUCCUCAGCAUUUAUGUUUUUUAAGAAAAAGUUUCUAGAUGGAGAAAUUAUUAUACUAGGAAGUUCCAAAUGUGAUUUGUUCAAAUUUUUGGACAAGGCUGAAAAUAUAUUACAGUCAGCUAUCUUCUGGGUUCAUUUAGCUACAAAUUAUUGAACUGAAACUGAGUUAUAGCAUAAGUCAACUGGUACCUAAUCUCUAAUGAAUAUUUUUCUUUUAAAACAGAAAUAAUUUCUUUCUACUUCUUUCUGUCUGCUAUAUUUCAUAUGUGUGUAUAUGAUUUUGACUCUAGCAAUGCAAUUAUCAAUAGACCUAUUAAGAAGUUAUUUAAAUUACAUGUUUAAGUUGGAAAAAAUAAAAUACAGUUACAUGUAAAGACAUAAAUCUUA